AUGAGUAUGUCUGACGAACCAAACUGUAACCAGACAUAUGGUCUCGGCACAUCCACAUCGCUUCGUGUUGACAGUAAGGCUGUCGCUUUUUGCAUCACUCUCAGUUCCAAAACGGAUGUCACAAUUCAAGCUAAUACGAACGUUCGUUGUGAAAGAUGGAAAACGUCCGGCAUGGCUGAUCCAGUGCUUUCAUUAUUCGCAUCUCCCAUGGACGACAUGCCAAUGUCUCAGGUUUUAGCGUCGAAUGAUGAUGGCGGACAAGCAGAUGAAGGAAAAAAUUGUAAUGCAGCACUGUUGAGUUGGACAUUGGAUGAAGGAACCUAUUUGGUGAUCGUGUCAGCAUUUGACUCAUGUUCGUAUGGAAAUUUUGAAUUGAAUGUACAAGGAAAACUAUCGAACUAA